AAUACCAGAUGACAUUGGCAUCAAAGAAUAUUUUCACCUGGGAUUUAUUGGUCAUUUAUGAAGAUUACAGGAAAAUGUUACACAGAAAAGAUAUAACCCUGUUUAUAUAAAUUUAUAAUGGAAUUACUGUGAAAUAUUUCCUCUCACUGAGACAUUUUGCAAAAUGUCUCUUCUUCACCGUGUAGAAUGUGCACAACAUGAUUUUAAACUUUAAGAAAAUUUGAGAUUUCAAAGAAAUUUGCAACUUCUGGAAAUAUUGACUGAGCUCAUAACUGAUGAAAAUAUAGCAGAAGAAAUAUUUGUUAGGAAUAACCAUUUUAAACUAAAAAGAAAGAAAAUGAUAGAAAAUGAAUUGUGUGAGGAUAACAUUAAAUGUGAAGCAGAGUCUGAAAGGAUUGAGUCUAGAGAUGAGAGAGCAAUUGAUAUGGAACAAACAUCAUACCACUGUGAUAUCUGUAAAAAGUCAUUCUCUCAGAAAGAUAUCCUCACUGCUCACACAUGUAUUCAUGAAAGAGACAAGUCACAUCACUGUAAUCUCUGUGGUAAAUCAUUCUGUCAGAAAAUUACCUUAACUACUCACAAACGCACUCAUACAGGAGAGAAACCAUAUGUGUGUAUUGUCUGUGGUAAAUCAUUCCCUCAACUCGGGUGCUUAACUUAUCACUCACGCACUCACACAGGAGAGAAACCAUAUCACUGUAAUAUUUGUGGUAAAUCAUUCUCCCAAGCUGGUUCCUUAACUAAACACAAACGUACUCAUACUGGAGAGAAACCAUAUCAUUGUAACAUCAGUGAUAAGUCAUUCUCGGAUGGCAGUCACUUAACUAAACACAAAUGUGCUCAUACAGGAGAGAAGCCAUACCAUUGUAAUAUCUGUGGUAAAUCGUUCUCUUAUACUGAACCCUUAACUAAACACAUACGCACUCAUACAGGAGAAAAACCAUAUCACUGUGAUAUCUGUGGUAAAUCGUUCUCUCGAAAUCAUAGCUUAAGUACUCACAAACGUAUUCAUACAGGUGAAAAACCAUACCACUGUCACAUCUGUGGUAAAUCAUUUUCUGAAUCUUCUCACUUAACUAAACACAUACGCACUCAUACAGGAGAGAAACCAUAUAGUUGCGAUAUCUGUGGGAAAUCGUUUACUCAAAAUCAUAGGUUAACUACUCACAAACGUAUUCAUACAGGUGAAAAACCAUACCACUGUCACAUCUGUGGUAAAUCAUUUUCUGAAUCUUCUCCCUUAACUAAACACAUACGCACUCAUACAGGAGAGAAACCAUAUAGUUGCGAUAUCUGUGGGAAAUCGUUUACUCAAAGUCAUGGCUUAACUACUCACAAACGUUUUCAUACAGGUGAAAAACCAUAUCAUUGUGAUAUUUGUGGUAAAUCAUUGUCUCAAAAUCAUGCUUUAACUAGACACAAAUACAUUCAUACAGGAGAAAAGCCAUAUCACUGUGAUAUCUGUGGUAAAUCAUUUUCUCAAAAUGAACUCUUAACUAAACACAAACGUGUUCACACAGGAGAUAAACCAUUUCAUUGUGAUAUCUGUGGUAAAUCAUUCUCUGCAAAUGGUGACUUAACUGUUCACAAACGCAUUCAUACAGGAGAGAAACCAUAUCACUGUGAUACCUGUGGUAAAUCUUUCCAUACAAGUAGCCGCUUAACUGCUCACAAACGCACUCAUACAGGAGCGAAGCCAUAUCAUUGUGAUAUCUGUGGUAAAUCUUUCAUUGAAAGCGGUCAAUUAACUAGACACAGACGCUCUCAUACAGGAGAGAAGCCAUAUCCGUGUGAUAUCUGCGGUAGACCAUUUUCCUAUAGAAGUACCUUCAAUAAACACAGACGCAUUCAUACAGGAGAAAUGCCAUAAUAUUGCGAUGUCAGUCAUAAAUCAUUCUCGGAAAGCAAUUUCUUUACUAAACACAUGUUCAGAGAGAAGAGAAACCCUAUCAGUAGUAAAUGAUUCUCAGUACCAAGGGUGACAUGGUAGUAGAGCAGUGAUGUUAACAGGGCCAUAAAAGAGAAAAGAUGGGGUGGUGGCAAAGAAUCUUAUCAGAAGGCUAAAAGAGAGAUUAGACGUCAGGCCUGUCUAGCUAUGCGUAGAAGCAGAAAAGAAGUUUGCCACCAAAAUCCUACAGUGUGAUGAUGAGAAGCUUGAAGUGUUCCAGAUUGCCAAACUGUGUAAGUGAAAAUCGGAGAUAUUGUCAGAGAAGUAUGUGCGGAUGGAUAACGGUAUGCUUGCACUCAAUGAUGUGGACAAGAAAGGCAUGUAGAAGUUUCUAUGCAAGACUGUUGGGAUAAAGGGAGUCUCCCUCACAUUAGUCCAACAGAGGGACCAGCUAUCCUAGUGGACAGCAGUAUGGUAGGUAAGGCAAUUAAAAGCAUAAAAACUGUGAUUCAGAAUCACAGCUUGGAUGCUCAAAAUAUCCACUAAGGUUGGAUACAGGCUGGUCACCCUCAUAGUUAAUUGGGUCAUUCAAGAAGAUGUAAUACCUAGCGAUUAGUGUAGCAGCAUAAUUGUUAGCUGCUACAAGGUUAAGGGUGAUGUUUUUAGAUAGAAGUAGAUAUAGAGUCAUCAAACUCAUGGAUCAGGUGAUGAAAAUUAGAGAGUUAUAGCUCAAUUAAUUAGGAGCAGAAUUGGGCUAGAAAAUAUGCAAUUCAGCUUUGUCUGGAGAAGAAGCACUAGCGAUGCUAUUUUCAUAGGCAACUGCAAGAGAAGUACUUAUGCCUGGCAUUUGUUGACCUAGAGAAAGGCGCCUUUAAAUAGAGUGCCCUAUUGUGUAAUAUUGUGGGCUCUGAGGAGGCUAGGGAUAGACAAGUGGUUGGUGAAAGUUGUACAAAGACGCUGUCAGUAAGGUGAGAGUUAACGAGUACAGUGAAGAAUUUGGUGUACAGGUAGGCAUUCAUCAAGGCUUAGUCCUUAAUCCCCUCAUUUUCAUCAUUGUCCUCUAGGCCAUAACAGAAAAAUUCAAGACUGGCAACCCCUGGGAACUACUAUAUGCUAAUGAUCUUACCCUCUUAGCGGAUUCCAUAUCAGAGCUCGACAAAAAAUUCCAGAUGUGGAAGCAAAACUUGGAAUCUAAGGACCUUAAGGUUAACUUAGCAAACACUAAAAUCCUUGUAAGCAAGAAAACUGACAGAACCCUGCCCCACUCAGGUAGGUGGCUUUGUUCAAUUUGUAGGGAAAAUGUGGGCAGGAACUCCAUACAGUGUACCCAGUGCAAGCUAUGGACAAGAGUAGCAGCAGGUUAAUUGGAAGGUUAUCAGAGAAGAUAGUUUUCGUAUGUGGAAGAUGCACGUAUCCUUAAAAACUUCAGAUGAUUCAAGAAAUUAAUUCUCGCAAAUGCCCUGGUGGCUCAUUUGAGGUGGUAGAUAAUUUCUGCUACCUAGGGGACCAAAUUAGUAGUGGGAGGAGGAUGUAACUAGAAUAAAAAUAGGAUGGAGAGCUGUUGGCCACAAAAGGUUUCUCUGAGUGAAAGGAAGACUGUAUGAAUCGUGUAUAUGGACAGCAAUUCUGAAUGGUAGUGAGAUGCAGAGGAUAUGUGAAGGUUAGAAAGGAAUAAGGCUAGUAUGUUCUGCUACAUGUAUAAUGUAAGUGCACAUGUUCAACAGAGUGCCAGUGUUCUGAGAGAAGUUAGGCAUAAGAGGAAUUGGUUGUUGUGUGUUAGAGAGAAGACUGAGCUGGUUUGGUCAUAUGAUGCAGAUGGCUGCUUACAGCUCCAUAAAGAAGUACCGAUCUUUCAAAGUAGAUGGAACACAUGAAAGAUGGGAUGAAUUACUGAAGAACGACCUCAGGAAGCUGAACAUUUCAGGUGAGAUGACAAAGGACCAAGAUACCUGGUGGUACUCAAGAAGAUCCAUAUCCUGCACCAGACGUGUUAACACCGAUCCUUCUGGUUGUGUAAAGCACCCAUAACGAUACCAUGUAAAUGCAUCCAACAUACUCUGUAAAGUAGUUGGUGUUAGGAAGGGCGUCCAUCUGUAGAGACCAUGCCAAAUGAGACUGGUGUCUGGUGUAGCUCCCCUGGCUUACCAGCUCUGGUCACACUGUCCAAUCCAUGGUAACAGGCAAUGAAUGUUAUGAUGAUGCGACGUUAACUAUAGACACAUUCAUACAGGUGAGAAACCAUAUCUUUAUAAUAUUUGAGAGAAAUACAUUAAGACACAAAUGCAUUCAUAUAGGAAAGAAGCCAUAUCACUGUGAUAUUUGAGGCAAAUAGCUUAAGAUAUAAAUGCAUUUACACAAGAGAAAAGCUCUGAUAUCUGUCAUAAAUCAUUUUCUCAAAAAUUCUGUUAAGUAUUCAUAUUUGUAAUCGAACAGUAACCGUAGCAAUGGCAAAAGUCAUUUAAUGAAAAAAUAUACAACAAUAAAAUGUUCUCACAGAAAAUAAAAAUAGUGUUUUUACCACCUCCUAACACUUUAUUUUAUAUAACCACAUUGGAGCCUGGUGUAGCCAUCUGGUUGCACCAGUCCUCAGUCAAAUCGUCCAACCCAUGCUAGCAUGGAAAGUGGACGUUAAACAUUUCUUCAGCUGAGUGGAUUAGAACAAUGUGAAGUGUUUUUGCUCAUGAACACAAAACAUCACCUGGUCUUACAAGGACCAUUGGACAAAUUACUGCAUGUGUAGAGGGCAGUAGAUUAAGAGGCAGGCAAAGAAUGUGUGGCUGGACAAUAUCUUAAGCUGGUAGGACAUGAGUGGAAAGGCAGUUGGAGAGUCCGGACUUAACCAGGAAGACUUUUGUUACAGUGUCACCAAUGCACUAUGGGUGUAUAAUACAUGACAUGAUGGCAAAUGUCAUGUGGGCAGUAUAAUUUGUAAAUUAUCAUCGUUUUAAUAUCCAUUCUCCUUGCUGGUAUGGGUUGGACAUGUCAAACACCCAUGCCAGCAGGUAUAGUGUCAAGCAGUAUAUUUGUUGUCAUAGGUGCAGGCGUGGCUGUGUGGUAAGAAGCUUGCUUCCCGUCCACUUUGUUCUGGGUUCAGUCCCACUGCAUGGCGCCUUGAGCAAGUAUCUUUUACUAUAGCUUUGGGCCAACCUUGUGUGUGGAUUUGGUAGACAGACACUGAAAGAAUCCCAUUGUAUAUAUAUAUAUGUGUACAUGUAUUUAUGCGUGUGUGUACAUGUCUGUUUUUGUCCCAUCCCACCCCACCAUAGCUUGACAACUGACGUUGGUGUGUUUAUGUCCUUAUAACUUAGCAGUUCAGCAAAAGAGACUGAUAGAAUAAGUCCUGAGGGUCAAUCUCUUUGACUAAAAAACCCUUUAAGGCAGUGCUCCAUGGCUGCAGGCAAAUGACUGAAACAAGUAAAAGAGUCUGAACUUUAAAUCACUAAAUCUUGAGUUCUGUUCUCAUCACUGAAUAUUCUUAAUAUUUACAGGGAUUAGAUCUAACUGAGCUUAUUUAUUUUGACAAUGAAAUACUAGAAAUAAGAAGUUAUCAUGCAGUAGGAUAACUUUGUACAUGACAAAGAUGGUGGUUAUAUAGUGAACAUGUGAUGUAGACAGUUGAUAAGUAAUGAAAUAAGAGUCAGUCAAAAGAAAAUAUUUCCCAAUCAUUGAUACUUACUGUAUUAUAAGGUACUGGUAUUGGCACUUCGUUGCUUACGACGUCAAGGGUUCUAGUUGAUCCGAUCAAUGGAACAGCCUGCUCGUGAAAUUAACGUGCAAGUGGCUGAGCACUCAACAGACACGUGUACCCUUAACGUAGUUCUCGGGGAUAUUCAGUGUGACACAGAGUGACAAGGCUAACCCUUUGAAUUACAGGCACAACAGAAACAGGAAGUAAGACUGAGAGAAAGUCGUGGUGAAAGAGUACAGCAGGGUUUGCCACCAUCCCCUGCCGGAGCCUCGUGGAGCUUUUUGGUGUUUUCGCUCAAUAAACACUCACAACGCCCGGUCUGGGAAUCGAAACCGCAAUCCUAUGACUGAGAGUCCGCUGCCCUAACCACUGAGACAUUGUGCCUCCACACUGUAUUAUAAGGUAUUGGUGUAUCUCAAGCGACAUAGUUGUGGUCUAGUACAGAGAGAUAACAGGGUAACACCAUUAGUAGGAUGGUGACAAGGGGUGCUACGCUAAGAGAAGUAAAGCUAAGUUAGGAGGAAUGAACAGGUAGAUGGAAGUGAUACUUGAGAAGUUAGCAAUUUGCAAUGGGGAAACCAAAAGCUAAGAACGCAAGAUGACAGAAUUGAACAAUGAAAAAUGUAGAAAGAUGACAAAAUGAAAUAUUAAAAGAUGACAUGAAGCUGAGGUAGUGUGAAAGGUUUUAACAGAUUAUGUGAACAAUGAGGAGUUUCUUGGAAAUCUUCAUCUGAAAAUCCCAGAUUUUCUUCAAAUUUUCAAAAGUCUAAAAAGUCUGAUGGUUUUUUGAGAGUUUGAUAGACAAGAUAGAUAGACAGACAGAUAGGCAGGCAGGCAGAGAGAGAGAGGGAUAGAUGGAUAGGUAGACAUAUACUUACUGUAUUAUAAAUCCUACAUUUGUGAUAAUUUAUUUAUAUCUAGAAUAAACAACAUGACAAAUUAAGCUGCAAGUAAGGUAUUGAAAUGUUUCAAAUAGUAAAACUGAAUUGCUACAAAUUUUAUUAUAAUGUUUGUAGGAAAAGUUGGUUUUAUACGAAAGGUAAUUUUCAAAAUAUCUACAAAUGCAAUGAACAACUUGUCUCAUCCACUGACAAGCUUUGAAAACAUUUCAAAGAAAUAUAGUGCAUAUCUACACUUAAGAGCAGGAAAUUGGAAUUUCAUUUUUAAUCACUUGAGAAUGGAACAAAUAUUUUCAUGUUCGGUUGUGAUUACAUGAAUUAUUUUUGAAUAUUACACUGGCUGUGUCGUAAGAAGUUUGCUUCUCAACCACAUGGUUCCAGGUUCUGUCCCACUGCGUGGCACCUUGGGUAAGUGUCUUCUACUAUAGCUUCAGGUUAACCAAAGCCUUGUGAGUAGAUUUGAUAGAUGGAAACUGAAAGAAGCCCAUUGUGUGUUUGUGUUUGACAUGCCACCACCACCACCACAACUUGACAACUGGUGUUGGUGUGUUUAUGUCCCUGAAACCUAGCAGUUCAACAAAAGAGACCAAUAAAACAAGUACUGAGGUCAAUACAUUUGACAGAAUAAUCCGAAUGCUAAAGGGUUAAAUACCUCAUACAGAGUGGGAAAUCAUUCUUUUCAGUUGAAUUUAUGCUUUACAGACUUCAUUCUUCCCUAAAGUAAGGUCAAUAAAACAAGAAAACAUACUGUCAGAAGGAAAAAAAAUCAUUCAAAAUGUCUACCAUGUGGAGUAAUAAAUGUGAUUUUGUUGAGUAUUUUUUAAUGAAUUUAAUAUAGGUGCAGGUAUGGCUGUGUGGUAAGAGGCUUGCUUCCCAACCGCAUGGUUCUGGUUUCAGUUCUAUUAUGUGGCACCUUGGGCAAGUGUCUUUUACUAUAUCCUCAGGCAGACUAAAGCUUUGUGAGUGGAUUUAUUAUUUCUAAAUUCUUCCUUCUUUCCCUGCUAUGAGUAGACAACACUUCUAGAGACAGGCAUCAAUUUAAUUUAUUAGCUUCGCAUAUUUUGGCAGCUGUUCACACAAUCCUCUAGACAAUGUUGAUGAUGAAUGUAAUCUAUUCUUUUAAUUGCUUCAGUCAUUUGACUGCAGCCAUGCUGGAGCACUGCCUGAAAGGGUUUUAGUUGAAGAAAUCAACUCCAAGACCUAUUCUUUUUGUAAGCCUAGUACUUAUUCUAUUGGUCUCUUUUAGUGAACCACUAAG